UGAAGAGGCCUGAGGUGUCCAGGACCACCAACACCACCAGGGUGAAGGAUCGAAACACGUCUUCCACCGACAAAACCAGGCCUCCUGUACGCAUCCACUGAGAACAUCCUGUGUGCAAAGAAGUCAACUAGCCCAACAGCACCCUCCCCCUUCCUCUGUGCGCGCGCCACUCCUUCUUCCUCUCUCUCUGCCGGCUGACAAGAAAAGCUGUCAGCUGGUGAGACUGCUGUGUUAUGAGUCUGAGGACCGAGUGAGUUCAUCUCUGCAGCUGUGAGGAGACUCGGUGAGGAGAUGCCGUCUGGCUGGCGGACCGCUGUGCUGCUGCUGCUGCUGCUGCCGGCUGGAACUCAGGCUCAGAGUGGAGACGGAGACACUGACAUGGAGCCCAGAAUCAGCUGCAACUCUCACAUCAUGACAAACAUAAGCAGUCUGACCUGUAAACUGAUUGGAGGCAGGAACAACAUCGAGGAUGAUGAAGAUUAUGAGGCUGAUGGCAUAAAGAUCAUGACAGCAUGUAACACUGACUGGAGUACAAAGCAAAUAAAGUGUGUGGAGGAUUUUGGGGACACAGUCAGCUCCAGAGAUCUGAAUCCUCUGGUUAAUGUCAAUGUGACCGUCCACCUAAAGAGAGGAGGCAAGAUUACAACCACAGUCGACCUGAAAAAAAUAGUUAAACCAAGAAGUCCUUAUGUGUGGAACAUUACUUUCAACUGGGAGUCUUACCAGGCUGUCAUUCACAUUCGGACUCCGUACCACAAUGACUACCUGAAAAUAGACAAUCAACUCUUCCAGCUGUUCAUCUGGACCACAGGCAGCACUACGAUUCAAAACAUGUCAUCAUCAGACAGUAUGAUUAUUGACAUGGAGCGGCUUCAAAAAAACACAGAGUAUCACAUCAAAGUGCGGGCGAUACCAUGGAAAUAUCUGCAGGGUACCUGGAGCGAGUGGGGUGAAACGUUCACUUUCUUUACUCCCGCUGGUAAGAAAGAAAACAUCCAAAAGCAGACAGAUGAAAGGCGGGAGAUGUACACACUGAUUGUGUGUCUUGUCCCUUUGGUGGUGGUGACUUCCAGUGUUGUUUUCUUCUGGAAAAACAAAAUAUUCACCUACAUGUGGCCGAACAUCCCACACCCUAAACACACACUGGUGCAGAUCUGCAAGCCAAAUAAAGGCCUCCUAUUGAACUUUAAACCUGAAGUGUUCAGCGCCCUUACAGUCUACCCGCUGGAGAAAACAGAGGAGCAGCCUUGUGAGGAAACAGAGCCUUCAAUCACUGCUGCUGCUGAUGACGGUACACAGUCGAAUCAUGCCUGCUCCACCCAGAGCUCUGACUGCUCCAGGAGCACCACCAGUGUCAGCACAGAGGAGCUGGAGCUGUCUGCCCUACUGAGCAGGAGCUCCUCCGACGGAGAGGACAGCCUUCAGAGCACCAGUCUAUCCCCCAUUAACGUCCUCCAGCUCGGGGAGAGAUCUGAUACACCUCAGCCUCAAAGCAGCAGUGGAGGAAAUGAGGCCGAGGCUUAUGUCACCAUGUCCAGUUUCUAUCAGAUCAAGUAGGUCAGGAGGAGGAAGAGGAAUGGUGAUGGACAGACAAAUAGAACCAGGAUAGGACAAGGAUAUUUAUCAAACUUCUGAGAUUUACAUCUCAGAAUGCUCUAAAGCAGUGGUUCCCAACCUGGAGGUCAGGACCCCUCAUGAAGUCCCAAGAUAAAUCUGAGGGUCACAAAAUAAUUUAAUUGGAUAAGAAGGAAGAAAACGUUUUUUUUUUUUUUUUUUUUUAGCAACAUGACCAUAUGGAUGGCAAUGUCAGCCGGUCCACCACUCAGACUGAAAUAUCUCAACAACUAUAUGAUGGAUUUCCAUGAAAGUUCUUACAAAUAGCCACUUUGUCUAGAGGAUGAAUUCUACUCACUUUGGUGAUAUUCUAGAAAUUUACUCUAGCGCCACCAUGAGAUUGUUUUUUUUAGUGAAAUAGCUCAACAAUUAUUGGAUGGAUUGCUAUGAAAUCUGGUGCAGAUAUGGUGUCCAGGCAAUGAAUCCCAAAAACUUUGGUGAUCCUUUCACUUUUUCACUAGUGCCACCAGCAGGUCAAAGUGUUCACUUAUCCACUAAAAUAUCUCGUCACAAAAUGUGUCACAUUCAUGUUCCUCUCAGGAUGAACUGUAAUAACUAAUCUCUGACUUUUCAUCUAGCAUCAGGUCAACAUUUUAAUGUGUCCAACACUUUGGUUUAUGACUAAAUACCUGCAGAAAUAAUGACAUUCCCAUCAGCCUCAGCUGUACUUUGUGUUUAGCAUUUAGCUCAAAGCACCGCUGUGUCUAAGUACAGCCUCACAGAGCUGCUAGCAUGGCUGUAGACUCUUAGUCUGGUUCUGUUGAAAUACUGGAUAUUUUCAGUCUUUUGGGCCUCUAAAGAUCCUUCAAAUCAAACAAUCUAAGGAAAGGAAAAAUCAGUUUAACUGCUCACACUAAGUCCAUAACCUGUGAUUAGUGGUUACAAGUGGAUAUUGCUUGAUUUUGAGGAUCACUAGCAAAACAAAAAGGUUGGGAACCACUGACCUAAAGAGCUAGGAAGACUAAAAAAGUACUCACUCUCUAAAAGUGAAGAAUAAGACAUUUAUGUGAUCGCAUGAUUUAUCACAUGUAUGAUUAGAGCAGGAACAGCCAAUCAGAGACAAGGAUUUACUCUACAUCUGCCCCGCUCUUCAUUCUUCUUCUUCAAAAAAAAAGAAGAAAAAUCCAUACAUCAUGUGGUGCACAGAAUUGUAAUUUUAAAUGACCACUUUAACAACUCCAGUAGCAAUUAAAGGGGCACUCCAUUAGUUUGUCAGUUCCAUAACGUUGAUAGAUAGAAGAAUGGUCAAAGUCUGUGCACAAGAAAUUUGAUAAAUAACUUUUAUUCUUAUGCAUGCGAGUAAAAGUGGAGGAUUUUUACUUUUAUCUUUCACUUGAGUCCAGAAUGUAACUUGUAGCAGUUUGAUAAAUGCGGGUUAUUGACCCAGAGGUAUUGAAAUGUAGCUUUUUGUAUUUUAUUGCUUUUGAUGUCAUAUGAUUAUAUCAAGUAUAUUUUGAUAAUAUCUCAUACAUUGUAUACUGACAUACCUCCUCAUACAGUCAUCUGGUGUUAUCCAGAGUUGGUUGUUGGAGGAACCUUGGAAAAUCAUUUUAUUGUUUCUGCAUGUUUUACUACAAAUCACAGAAUACCGUUUCCAGAGCAUACUAGCUUCCAGGCAGCCCAUUGGUUAAAGGGUCAGUUCAUCUUUUUGCUGGGCAUGGUGUUCACUGUAGUGAAUUAACUACCUAAAGCAAGUCUUGGAAGUUUCAAACCAUAGUGAAAUAAAUUGAUUAUGUUGGCUGCCUAGAAGGUAGUGUAACAACAUACAGUAUGCUUUGGAUUCAUACAGAUGGGUGACAAAUGAAAGUAAAUCUCAAUCUAAAGUGUGUUAGUGCGGCGUUGUUCCACCAAGAGUUUCCAAAAGAGCUUCAGUUCUCCUUGUCAUAGAUUCUCUAAGUCUGUGGAACUCCACUGGAGGUAUGAACUCCACAUAAAGAACCACCUAAACGAAUCUCCUCAGGACCACCAAAAAGGAACCACUAGAACCACCUAAAGGACUUCUAGAACUUCUUUGGUGACCACUAUAACCACCCAAAGGACUCAUAGAACCACCUAAAGGAUCCCUAUAACCUCCUCAAAGACCACUUAAACUUUAUAUUCUCUAAAUAAUGUACAAAUGAAUGACAGAUUGAAGUAACUAGAAUAACCACUAGAAUCACCCCAAGGAUCCAUAGAACCUCCUCAAUGACCACUAGAAUCACAUAAAGUACCCCUAGAAUGUCCUAAAUGACCAGAACCAUAGAAUAAACCACAAGAACCACCUAAAUGACAAGUAGAACCCCCUAAAUGACCACAAACACCACCUAAAGCAAGUAAGUUAUUUAUAUAGCACCUUUCAAGAGCAGCAAAUAAGAGACAGAGCAACAGACAUUAAAUGCAGACAUCCAGCUAAAAACAUAAGGCAAAACAAAAACAAGCUAAACAAAAGCAAUUCUAAACAAAUGGGUCUUGAGCUGCUUUUUAAAGGUGUUCACAGUGUCCACACAUCUUAAGUCCAAUGGGAGAGAGUUCCAAAGUUUAUGAGCUCCUAACCUCAAAAGCAUCGUCUCCUUUUGUCUUGAGCCUGGAGUGAGGAACCACCAACAAACCCUGAUCAGAUGACCUCAGAUUCCUACUGGUAUUAUAUGGCUGCAGUAGCUCUUUAAUGUAGGCAGGUGCCUGACCAUGCAAGGCUCAAACCUUAUCAUAAAAAUCUUGAACUGGAUUCUGAAUUUAGGAUCCCUAUAACCUCCUAACUGACCACUAGAACCCCCAAAAUUAUUUCUAUUACCUCUUCAAUGACCACUUGAACCCCCUAAAGGACCACAACAACCACCUAAAGGACCUCUAGAACUUCCUCAGUGGUCACUGUAACUACCUACAGGACUACUAGAACCUCAUUGGUAACCACUAGAACCACCUAAAGGACAGACUGUUAGAACCUAAACAGUUAGAACUAAAGGACACCUAGAACCUUCAUAAAGACUACCUAAACCACCUAAAGGAUCACCAAAAAGAAUUCUAGAAUCUCCUCAGGACUGCCAAAAAUGACCACAACAACCACCUAAAGGACUUCUAAAACCUCCUUAGUGACCACUAGAACCACCUAAAGGACACCUAGAACCACCUAGAGGACUCCUAGAAACAUCUAAAGGACCCCUAGAACCUCCUCAAGGACCACCUAAACUUUAUAUUCUCUAAAUAAUGUACAAAUUAAUGACAUAUUAUAUUAACUACAAUAACCACUAGAAUCACCUAAAGGACCCCUAGAACUUCUUCACUGACCAUAAGAACCACCUAACAGACCACAAGAACCACCUAAAGAACAUGUAGAACCUCCUAAAUGACAACUAGAACCCCCUAAAUGACCACAAGAGCCACCUUAAUGACCUCUAGAACUUCCUCAGUGGCCACUAGAACCACCUAAAGGACUACUACAACCUCCUCUGUGACCACAAGAGCCUCAUAAAAGACCCCUAGAACCACCUAAAGGACACCUAGAACCUCCUCAAAGACCACCUAAAGGAUCACUAGUUGCACAUAAAGGACCACUAGAACCUUGGUCAGCACUAGAACCAUCUACAGGACCCCUAGAACCUCCUUUAUAUUCUCAAAUGUGUACAAAGACAAAUUUAAGUAAACCCCAACCUAGGGUGUUGUUCCACCACAAGCCUUCAGAACAGUUCCAGAGCUCUUUGUCAAAGAUACUAACCAUUCAGUGAGCCCUGGUGUCCUGUAUGGAACCAUUUGCAAUGUAAGGUCAGUAUGUUUCAUUUAUUCAGGUUUUCCCUUUAAUUUGUCACCUGUCUCUAUAAAGAUUUACUACCAUUCUUUAAUGAGCUAAAAUAUACAAAAACAACAGUGAGGUCCUUUAAAAGAAAGCUGCUAAACUGUUAGAGAACUAAAACUCCUGCUGUACAUGUUCACCAUGUAGGUGGGACAGGCUCUUCUCAUUCUUACAAAGCACUCUGUCCACACCUCCACCUACCAACAGCACUGAAAGCCAGUAUAUGUCAUUAUGCAGGUGAGCUGUGGGUAUGUUGCUGCAGCGACCUGACCCGACUGUUUUUGUUUGUGGAGACGCCAAACAAAAUGCUGCUUCUUAAUAUAUCUGACACAACCUACACCUCAUGUUUCCUUACAGUAACGGCUGGCAUAAAUACACAGAAUGUACGCUUUAUUUUCUCAGAAUGAAGAAAUCUGAAAUAUUUCUCUCCAGAUUCAACUGUAUUAAAUAUACCGUAUAUACAAUAUGGUAAUGAUUGAUAGUACCUGUUACAACAUAGUGUCUAACGAAUGUUUUUUUUAUUUAAACAAAGCCUAUGGUGUUGCAUAUCAAUGUACAAUAAAAUAGAAAGAAUUGUUAUGAAAACA